UCGCCAGACAUUCCCCAGACCUGAGCGCGACGUUCCGCGAGAGCUGAUGCUGCGCCUGCUGCUCGGCGGAUCACAAUAGAGAAAAACACAAAAACCAACCACCUCGCCAAGCGUCCAAGCCGCAUACCUCACUCUCCGCCUCCAGAAUUUUCGUCGUGAUUCUUCUUGUUUUAUUUAAUAAAAGAACCAUAAAUUAUUAUUUUAUACCGGCUUUUUUUUUUACGAAACAAUUUAAAACAAAACCUAUUGCUGAUAUUUUAAUUUGUGUGUGUAUAUAUAUAUAUAUAUAUAUAUAUAUAUAUUUCUUACUGGGCCUUUUAAUUGUUAAUAACUGAGGGUUUUUGUCGUCGUUUUUGCUUCCGUUGAAGAAGCGAAUUAAAUCGAGGAGAUCUCAGAAUUUUUUUUGAAUUUUAAUUUUUGUGUGGUGGAAAGGAGAUCCGGAAUAUCCAAGGCUUCACUGAUCGAGACAAGGCAAGUCCAGCAGCCAAGGACAAAAGAUCAAGAGGAGCCCAGGCUUGCUGCCACUAUCCCAAAUAGUUGAUUUGCCUGCUUUUAAUCCGGUACCCCCAAAAAGGCAUCCUGGAUCCCAUCAUGACCAAAGCUGAAAUGGGCAAACUCAACACUACUCCUGAUGAAGACAGUAGCAGCUACAGUUCCAACAGCAAUGACUUCAGCUACCCCUACCCAACCAAACCAGCUGCUAUGAAGAGCCAUUAUGUAGACAUGGAUCCAGAAAACCAAAACUUUUUACUUGAAUCCAAUCCUGGGAAGAAGAAAUAUGAAACUGAAUAUCGUCCAGGUACUACUUCCUUUGGAAUGUCAGUAUUUAAUCUGAGCAAUGCUAUUGUGGGCAGUGGCAUCCUUGGGCUUUCUUAUGCCAUGGCAAACACUGGAAUUGCUCUCUUUGUAAUUCUUCUGUUCUUCGUGUCAAUAUUUUCUUUAUACUCCGUUCAUCUCCUCUUGAAGACUGCCAAUGAAGGAGGGUCUCUGCUAUAUGAACAACUGGGAAUGAAGGCCUUUGGCAUGGCUGGGAAACUGGCAGCAUCUGGAUCUAUUACAAUGCAGAACAUUGGAGCUAUGUCCAGCUACCUCUACAUUGUGAAAUAUGAGUUACCAUUGGUCAUCAAGGCAUUUAUGAACGUCAAAGAGAGCACAGGAGAAUGGUACCUCAACGGUGAUUAUUUGGUUAUAUUGGUAUCCUUGUGGCUCAUUCUUCCUUUGUCAUUGUUGAAAAAUUUAGGUUAUCUGGGUUACACCAGUGGAUUUUCCUUGUUGUGCAUGGUCUUCUUCCUUAUUGUUGUCAUUUGCAAGAAAUUUCAAAUUCCAUGUGGACUGGAAAGUGACUUGAUUAAUGCAACUCUGAAUACCACCCUAGAACAUCUGUCAACCACUGCACCUUUUCAUGUAUCAGAAGUUAAUAUAACCAGUGAUGACCAAUGCACACCAAAAUAUUUCAUCUUCAAUUCACAGACUGUCUAUGCUGUACCAAUCUUAACAUUUUCCUUCGUCUGCCAUCCUGCUAUUCUUCCUAUUUAUGAAGAACUGAAAGGGCGAAGCCGCAGAAGAAUGAUGAAAGUCUCCAAUGUUUCAUUUUUUGCCAUGUUCCUCAUGUAUCUUCUGGCUGCUGUCUUCGGCUACCUGACAUUUUAUGGAAAUGUUGAGCCAGAGUUGCUUCAUACUUACGCUGAAGUCCUGGGAGCUGAUGUUCUUCUCCUUAUUGUUCGUCUGGCAGUCCUGAUGGCAGUGACACUUACUGUGCCAGUUGUGAUUUUCCCAAUCCGCAGCUCCAUUACACAGUUGUUGUGUUCAGGGAAAGAAUUUAGUUGGUGGCGCCAUACUGCAAUUACAAUGGCUCUUUUGGUAUUCACCAACAUUCUCGUGAUCUUUGUUCCCACAAUUCGAGAUAUAUUUGGAUUCAUUGGUGCCUCCGCUGCUGCCAUGCUGAUCUUUAUACUACCAUCUGCUUUCUACAUUAAGCUAGUGAAGAAAGAACCAAUGAAAUCUGUUCAGAAGAUUGGGGCUCUUCUUUUCCUGAUCAGUGGCAUAUUUGUGAUGACUGGAAGUAUGACCUUGAUCAUUCUGGAUUGGACCAGCAAUGCUGCUUCUAAUGGCCAUUAGCUAUCUGCUUUGGACUCCAGUGCUUACAAAACCAUCUACUGAAGAAAAAAAACAGAACUUCUUACCCACGUUUGCAAUUCUGCUUCCUUUCAAAAUGCAGAUUCUUUGAUGCUGGUUCUUCUGAAUGGAGAAUAGGUGAACUUUUUUUAAAAAAAGAUACUAUUCUGCACUAUGGGAAUCGAUACUAACAUCAAACCACCUGAAUUUUUGGCUGAGGGAAGUGACUAUUUAUUCCAUUCCAGAGAAUGGACAGCUCUCUCUGUAAAAUUUUAUCAAGCCAUGUUUGGCUUUUGUCAUUGUUACUUGGAUAUUUUAUUGUUUUACUUGAAUGUGCCUAAUGGAAACAAUUGAUGUGAGAAAUAAGUUAGUUUACAUCAGGAGGGUAAGCUAACCAUUGAAAGUGAAUGAGAAAAACACUAUUAUUUUUGUACCAAAAAUUUUAUGGACCUCAAAAGCACUAUUUUGACUUUAAGAAAAUGUUUUGUAAGUUGAUGAUCCAAAUAAGGGUAAAAAGAAAUCCGUAAAACUGUUUAAGCAGAGUUCUAAAUUCAACAUGUUUUGCCUGCCUAUAGAGGCAUAUCCUUAAAAGUAUAUUUUUGGCCAUAUGAAAUUAUUUUUGAAAACUAUUAUGUGAAAGGUUGAUUAAUUUGAAAGACUCAAAACUGUUUAAUGAUUUCUACACAUAACUUAAGUUAUUCUAACCUAAAACCAAACAAAUAUGUUAAGACAAACCCAUGGCAAUAUUUCUAAUCCAACCAACAUAAACCACCACACUCUUUCAAGUAGCUAUUUACUCAAAUUGUCAUGUUUUAAAAAAGAUUUCAUACCAUUAGAAUGGAUGAUGUAUUAUAACAAUUUAUAUGUAGCAAACGUAGCAUCCAAUCCAAUUAGUGCUACAACCAAACAAGACCCUUGAAAUUAAUGAGGGAUGCAUAGGAGCAGUAUUUGGCAAAUUACUGAAAGUGCAAUCCUAAGCAUUUUUCUUCUUGAGGUACUCAAUAGUGCAAUUAUAUUAAACAAAUGGGCUAUUAUUAUUAUUAUUAUUAUUAUUCAGUUGCAGGUACCAACCAAAUCAUGUUGGGUCAUUUGCUAUUAAUGUGGAGUUCACAUGAUCCAGCGACAAUUUUACACAUUUUAGCUUUUGUUUUUUUUUUUGAAACAAGUAAAAAUGAGGUCCUACUAUCGUUUACUAGCAGUAUAACAGUAUUCACACACUGUACGAUGUUUUUCAAUAACCAGUUUUCAUCCAUUGUUGGAUUUUAAAUUAUUUUAUGUUUUUGUUCCUCUCUGACAAUGUGAUAUUCCUAAUUGCAUAUAGUACGCCAGGAUUUGGUGUAUAUGGCAAAAGCUCUCUUCAUAAGGCAACUGGGAUUCCUAA